UCUUACUCUGGUCAUGGAAACGAAGUUGGCACCUCAUUAUCGCCUUGUUAGCAGGGACUGGCCGUGUUGUGGACAAACCUGUGCCGCCAAGCUCCUGGACAAGAACCCGUUCUCCGUCAGUAACCCGAACCCUCUGCUACCUUCGCCCGCCAGCCUCCAGCUGGCCCAACUGCAAGCCCAGCUCACCCUCCACCGGCUGAAGCUGGCACAGACAGCGGUUACCAACAAUACCGCCGCCGCCACGGUCCUCAACCAAGUCCUCUCCAAAGUGGCCAUGUCCCAGCCUCUCUUCAACCAGCUCAGGCAUCCAUCUGUGAUCAGCGCCCCCCAGAGCCAUACAGGGGUGCCCCAACAUGCUGUGACCAUGCCUGGUGCCCGGUUUCCCUCUAACGCAAUUGCCUUCUCACCCCCUGGCCAGACGCGAGGCCCGGUGCCUUCUGUGAGCCAAUCCCCUGGUGCCGUGGUGAUGCACCCGUUCAGUGGGGUCCUGCCUCAGUCCCCUGCCCAGCCAGCAGUCAUCUUGGGCAUUGGCAAGACCGGGCCCACUCCGGCUGCAGCAGGGUUCUGUGACUAUGGCAAAGCUGGCACCAGCCAGGCGUAUGGCUCUGAAACAGACAGUCAGCCCAGCUUCCUGCCAGCCACGGCCUCCACCACGGGCAGUGUGACCUAUGAAGGGCACUACAGCCACUCAGGGCAAGAUGGCCAGGCUGCCUUUCCCAAGGACUUCUAUGGACCCAACUCCCAAGGGUCGCAUGUGGCAGGUGGAUUUGCAGCCGAGCAGGCCGGGGGCAUGAAAGGCGAGGUGGGUCCUCUGCUGCAGGGUCCAAACAGCCAAUGGGAGAGCCCCCACGGAUUCUCCGGCCAAAGCAAGGCCGAUCUCACAGCAGGCCCCAGCCUGUGGCCUCCACCCCCCAGCCAGCCCUAUGAGCUCUAUGACCCAGAGGAGCCCACCCCAGACAGGACCCCUCCUUCUUUCGGGGGUCGGCUAAACAACAGCAAACAGGGUUUCAGUGGUGCCCGGAGGCGGCCCAAGGAGGAGCAGGCAAUGCUGUCCGUGAGGCCCCUGCAGGUUCAUGAGCUGAAUGACUUUCAUGGUGUGGCUCCCCUUCACCUGCCACACAUCUGUAGCAUCUGCGACAAGAAGGUGUUUGAUUUGAAGGACUGGGAGCUGCAUGUGAAAGGGAAACUACAUGCUCAGAAAUGCCUGGUCUUCUCUGAAAAUGCCGGCAUCCGGUGUAUACUCGGUUCAGCAGAGGGAACUCUGGGUGCCUCCCCCAACAGCACGGCCGUUUAUAAUCCUGCUGGGAACUCCGAAGAUUAUGUCUCAAAUCUUGGAUCAUCGUAUGCGGCCAUUCCAGCAAGGGCGUUUGCUCAGUCAAAUCCUGCAUUUCCUUCAGCUUCCCCGGGGACAAACUUUGCGCAGCGGAAGACAGGUGCUGGCCGCGUGGUGCACAUCUGCAAUCUCCCGGAAGGAAGCUGCACAGAGAAUGACGUCAUUAACCUGGGGCUGCCCUUUGGAAAGGUCACUAAUUACAUCCUCAUGAAGUCUACUAAUCAGGCCUUUUUAGAGAUGGCUUACACAGAAGCUGCCCAGGCCAUGGUCCAAUAUUACCAGGAGAAAUCUGCUGUGAUCAACGGUGAGAAGUUGCUCAUUCGGAUGUCCAAGAGAUACAAGGAACUGCAGCUGAAGAAACCUGGGAAAACAGUGGCUGCCAUCAUCCAGGACAUGCAUUCCCAGAGGGAGAGGGACAUGUUCCGGGAAGCAGACAGAUACGGCCCAGAAAGGCCGCGGUCUCGAAGUCCGGUGAGCCGGUCACUGUCCCCAAGGUCCCACACGCCAAGCUUCACCUCCUGCAGCUCUUCCCACAGCCCUCUGGGCCCUGCCCGUGCCGACUGGGGCAAUAGCCGGGACUCAUGGGAGCACUCCCCCUAUGCCAGGAGGGAGGAAGAGCGAGAUCCAGGCCCCUGGAGGGAGAACGGGGAGGACAAGAGGGACAGGGCAGACAUGUGGUCACACGAUCGCAAACACUACCCCUGGCAACUGGACAAAGCCGAGUUAGCCGAGCGGCUGGACGGAGGGAGGGGCCACCGAGAAAAGCACCCGAGGCCGGGGUCCCCCAGCCCGCUGCACUCCGCCUCCGGCUACAAGAGCCGGGAAGACAGCUACUACCGGAAGGAGCCCAAAGGCAAAUCGGACAAGUAUGUAAAGCAGCAGCAGGAAGGACCCGGGAGGUCCAGGAGGAAAGAGGAGGCCAGGCUGCGGGAGACCAGACACCCCCACCCUGAGGACUCAGGCAAGGAAGACGGGCUGGAGCCGAAGGUCACUAGGGCCCCUGAGAGCGUCAAGUCUAAGCAGAGUGAGAAAAACAGAACCAAGAGACCUGAUAGAGACCAAGAAGGAGCUGAUAAUAGAAAAGAAAGCAGAAUGGCGGGGGAUGAGGUAACGAUGCAAUCUCUUCCCCAGGCUGGAAAAGAGUACCAGGAGGGCAUGGAAGAAGGCACCGCAUCAGCGGGCAGAUGGGAGAAAGAAACGGAGGCCUCUGAUGCCGAGAACACAAGGACAAAGGAGCAAGACUGGGAGAGCGGAAGUGAGGCAGAAGGGGAGAGCUGGUACCCCACUAACAUGGAGGAGCUGGUUACAGUGGACGAGGUUGGGGAGGAGGAAGAUUUUAUCAUGGAGCCCGACAUCCCAGAACUGGACGAAAUUGUGCCCAUUGACCAGAAGGACAAAAUCUGCCCAGAAAUAAGUCCCUGCGUGACGCCCACGUUAGACCUGGAUGUAACCAAGGAUUUCAUCAACGAGGCAGUGAAGCCCAUAGGUAACGGGGCUACGGAAAUCAGCCUCAAGUCACCCAAAGAUCUGCCCUCUGCUUCUACGAGCUGUCCCAGUGACAUGGACGUGGAAAUGCCUGGCCUAAAUCUGGACGCUGAGCGCAAGCCAGCUGAACGUAAGACAGGCCUCUCACUGGAGGGUUCAGGUUGCUACGAGGAGCAGGCAACGGGAGGGGAGAGCUCUGAUGUUCAUCCAGCCCCUCAGCUCCAGCAGAUGUCUUCCCCCAAGCCAGCAGAGGAGGGGGCCCGGCAGCCUAGCCCACCUCUCGAUGACCGCAAGGCCGGGGGGCCCCCUGAAGACGGGGCUUGUGAAGGCGGCCCCCCGGAGGGGAAAGCCAGCCCCCGCACCGAAACGGACCUCCAAAGCCAGGCUUGCCAGGGAGUGUCCACCCAGGAAAACUCCAGGUACAUGGAAAUGAAAUCUCUGGACGUGAGGUCACCAGAAUACACUGAAGUGGAGCUCAAACAGCCCCUCUCCUUGCCUUCCUGGGAGCCCGAGGAUGUGUUCAGUGAACUUAGCAUUCCCCUCGGGGUGGAGUUCGUGGUGCCCAGGACUGGGUUCUACUGCAAGCUGUGCGGGCUGUUCUACACGAGCGAGGAGAUGGCGAAGAUAAGCCACUGUCGCAGUGCCGUCCACUACAGGAACUUACAGAAGUACUUGUCCCAGCUCGCCGAGGAGGGCCUCAAGGAGACCGAGGGGGCGGGCAGCCCGAGGCCUGAGGACAGCGGGAUCGUGCCUCACUUUGAGAGGAAGAAGCUCUAGGCCUCUGCAGCCGCUCCAGCCGGGAGAGGAGGGCCUUCUUAGGCGGGGCCGUCCUGACCUCCUGGACAGGAAGCGAAGCCGGAGAGCGAGGCAGCCCAGGCCGCCGGGGCUUGUUCUCGAGACUCAUGAAAUCGCCCCAAAAUGUCUCCCUGGUGAGAGCUGUCACCCGGUGUGUCCAGCGGCCGAAGGCCACUCUCUCUCUCCCCGUUGAUUGUCUCUUCUUCCCUCUCCUCCAUCUCUCUCACCUUCGGUGCCAAGGGUCAUUUAGUUUUUCAUAAAACCCAAUUUCUCAGGGAUUUUCAGUGCUCAAACUCUUGAUGACCAGCCAGAUCACCCAAGGAAGAGACCUCACCGGACUGCUGGGUCAAGAGCCGCUUCAGGGAGCCUGGAGCCUGUCGUCUGCCUGGCGUCCUGAACAAGGGGAGCUGAGUCAGGCCCUGCAGUCCUGGAGGGGGGCCCCCGAGACCAUCCCCCGCUGGCAGAAGCCGGGAGUUUCUCCAGCAGGACCGCUUUUUCGAAAAGGCCCCAUUUUUAAUAACUCUUUCAUCCUCUCAACUAUUCUGGAAGUCCAUGAGAUUCAUGCCUUAACAUAAAGUUAAUGAAUUUCACAGAGGAGGAAAAGAGCUCUUCGAUUUGGAAUCUCUGUUAAGUUCCCCCCACCCCCCAAAGUUAGGUUCGUCCUCAGGAUUUCAGGAGGUAUCAGGGUUGGCUAUGUUCCAGACAAUCAAUUUGGUGUAGAUUCACUUUAAUAAAAAAAUGAAAACAGUAGUGUCUUUUCCCUUCAGCCAAGUAGUUGGGUCAGAUGCUGGCUUCCCAGCCAUGUGUCCUGUUGCUUGAGAGACACAAUGACAAGGAAAUGGUAUCUGUCUUUGACUCGCUCUUGAUGCCUGUGCUCUGGGCUCCAGCAGCCUCUCAGUGGGACGGUUUCAGGCGGGGAAGGAGCUAAGGAAAGAGCAGGAUGGCAGGACUGAAGAGCAGCAUUUCAGGAUUGCCAGGUAUUUAUAGGUAGGCAGGAGGUCAAGGGCACUUCGGAGGACCCCAUGUGCAGACUUUGAUGUUGAGUGUUAUGAAGAAUAGAACUCUUCUUCCUGCAGGGUUUUCUGAUACUAGAGGCCAGUGCCUUCGGGCCCCAGACAAGAGGGUCUGGUGUCCCAGCCGGGGCGUUGGGACAGAGGUGCUGGGGGUGAGGAGGGACCACAGGCGUGGGGAAGACCUCAAGAAGGUCAGAGGGAGCCUCGUGCCAUUUCCACAAGCUAAGCUGCUGCCCUGGCUCGGCCCCUGGAGGAUGGUUCCUGUGUUUCUGUUCCUGACCACAGAGAAAUAGACCAGGAAGGGAUUGUCUGCUUCCUAUUAUUUUCUGCAAUGUUUAGAGCAGGUGAGAUUUUUUUCAUGGUAGAUACAUAUACUGCACAUUCUGUCCUCUGCACUGAUGGUGAAAGAAUAGAAUAAUUACCUGAGUUUGACAAUGACAUUUCAUCAGCGAGUCUGAGGCACAAAGAAGGAAAUCUAGAACAUAAAAUGAUCCUGCGGAAACCUUGGGGCACGUGGUCACUGGUGAGGAGAGGGUGCAGGGAACCUGUCAAAGAGAACAGCGAAGGCAAGUCUCAGAGGCAGACCAGCCGGGGCAUGUGCAGCGAGGCGCUGGAGGAAGCAGGAAGCCUGACCUUGGCAUUAGGCCAUCUGGGGGCCUCGGAAAGGUUGGCAUCUCCAAGAGAGUGGGCUCUGGAGGUGGUGGCUCAGCUCCGGCUGCCUGCACGGGUUUCGACCUGGUGUCCUGGAGAACAGCCUCCAUUUCUGGGAAAACCUCUGGCCCUGUUUGGCUGGCUGCCCACAUGGGGCAUGUCGAGGGUCGGCUCCCUGGCCUCCUUGGGAACCGUGCUGGGAAAAACCCACCACCUCCAUCAGAGGCUGGGACUGAGCAUUUUCAGAGAGCCUGGCAGGCUUUUCUCCCAGGAGAGUGGAAGCUCAUCCCGCUGCACUGUUUCCAUGGAAAUCAGGGUGGCUGUUCAAACAGCCUCUUACCCAAGUAGUGCAACGGCUCCCUUGCUGAUAGUCUGACCUUCUCCAUAUUGCAAAUCUGGCAAGAGCCCCUCGGAGGGAGAGGAGGGGCUCUCUGCGUUUAAUCAGAAACUUCAGCUUAAAAAUCAUCUAAGAUUCUGUAUUUGUGUGUAUAUAUAUUUAUAUAUUUAUUUCUAUUUAUUUUUAUACAAUUCCAUUGGCAUGGUCCUUCACCCAGUCUAUAAUUUGCACUUCUUGCUCCGAUAUGUGUCAUACACAAGGCAGUAUUCAAGAAAACCAGGAAAAUACUGAUUUAUUUUUUAAAGCUUUUCUUCAGUGUUUGUCAAACAUUUCAAAGUGUCUCCCAAAAGAGCUUGUUUAAGAGCAGCCGCUCCCUUGAGCAACAGAAGCAUUUGUACCCUGGGUUAAAUUAACAAAAAGCCUAUGUAAUUUUCUUUUCAUUGUAAACACCCAAAAUAAAGUGUAUCCAGAGGGUAUUCCCAAGGAAUUUGGUAGAUUUGAUGUUGGUGUGAGAACAGCCAUUACUCUCCGGGUUUCCCUUUCUUGGACAAGUCUAAGGCUGUGACCUGUUAGAUUGUACUUGAACUGGACCAGAGUUUGUUUUUUGAGCUUAUGAGAAGAAGAAAAACACUAGUUAAUUUAAGUUUGAACUUGUAAAAUAUUGGAAUUUGUUGAGUGUCUUAUAAAUUGUCAUCACUUUUCCUGAUCUGUAUAAUUGGCUGCCAUGUUUGUUUUUACAAAAAGAAAAAAAAAGAUUUUUAAUAAAGAGAAUCUGAAAGCU